CAGUAAACCGCCUUGUUUGACGUUCAUGCUACAAAUAUGCGUGUACCGUUUCUUCAUCUCUUUGGAACUCAGCGGUACUUUAAAGGCUGUAUAUAUGCAUUAGGAGCUUCAGCCUUUCUAUUGGGUGGUCGAUGGGCUCUAGCUCACACAAAUAUUUUAGACUUGGGUAGCAAAUCUUUCUCCGUUUCCUGUGCCACUGUACCAUUUGUUACUAAGUUUCCUGACGUAAAUUUAAAUAACUGGAUGUGCUUGCCUGUCUCUGCAGUCGACAAGUUAAAGACAAAUGAUGAGUGUUAUCGGUCAAAAAUGGAAAUGCUGUGCAUGGAACUUCAAGGUCGCUUGUGUAAGGAAAUUGAAAAGAUUGAUCGAAAAGCCAAGUUUAAAGUGGAUAAGUGGGAACGUCGUGCAGGUGGUGGCGGAAUUUCAUGUGUUCUAGAGAAUGGUGAUGUUUUUGAAAAGGCUGGUGUCAAUGUCAGUGUAGUAAGCGGGACUCUUAGUGGUCAAGCAGUGAAAGAAAUGCGUGCAAGACACAAUGAAAUUGAUCCUAAUCAAGAUUGUAAAUUUUUUGCUUGUGGUAUCAGUUCAGUUAUACAUCCACUCAAUCCAUAUGUGCCUACAACACAUUUUAAUUUUCGUUAUUUUGAAGUAGACUUAAGCAAUAAUCGUAAAUUAUGGUGGUAUGGUGGAGGGGCUGAUUUAACACCAUUUUAUUUAUUCAAUGAAGAUGCAAAACAUUUUCAUGAACAAUUAAAAUUUGCAUGUGAUCAACACAAUGAAUCGUUUUAUCCACGUUUUAAAAAAUGGUGUGAUGAUUAUUUCUAUUUGACACAUCGUGGUGAAACACGUGGUGUUGGUGGAAUAUUUUUCGAUGAUUUAGACGAUGCUUCACAAGAAAAAGUAUUCAAUUUUGUCAAAUCAUGCGCUGAAGCAAUCAUUCCAGCUUAUUUACCGAUUGUUGAAAAACGACGACAUUUAAAGUAUACUAAUAAAGAACGGGAAUGGCAGUUGGUAAGACGUGGACGUUAUGUUGAAUUCAAUUUAAUCUAUGAUCGUGGUACAAAAUUUGGUUUAGCCACACCGGAAGCUCGUAUUGAAAGUAUACUCAUGUCUUUGCCACGUUAUGCUCAAUGGAAUUAUUGUUAUGACAAUUCACAAGAUCCACGUAAUCAAUCGUUAAUUGAAGUACUGACAAAUCCUAAAGAUUGGGUUUAAAUUGUAAACAUUCCCACCCACCCACUCCCUUCCCCCGCCCCGACGUUUUUUUCUUUUUACUUUCUAGUAAUAUUCUUCUUCUACUUUUUGCUCUGUGUGUGUGCGUGUGGGUGUGUCUGUUUUUUUAUACUAAUUUAAUUAUGUUGAUUGUAUAUAGGUUCUUUACAAAAAUUAUCAUUUAUCUACCUCAUUGUAGAUUUCAUUGUUGUGCAUUUGUAUAUAUAAAUAAAAUGAGUUAGUUUAGUAA